AUGCAGGCCUCCCGCCUCGCACUCCACAGAAUACCUCAGCUCCGCCGCCCCUUGCGCCCCCCCAGCAUUUCUCCGCGAUCGCCGACCCCGCGCCCCUUCACACACAACGCUCAACUCCUCAUCCUCGCGCGCUCGGUGGGGCCGCGCCCGCAGCUGCCAUUCUUACACCCUUCGUCUGCCGCCAAUGCAUCGCUGCGCCGCCGCCAGCCUGUCGGCCAAUGGCAGAUUGCGCGCCUCUUGACGACCGAAAGCAAACAGUACAUCAAGGAACAGGUGUGGCUGGCGGGGAAAUGGACCAUCUUUUUGUGGACGUCCGUCGGCCUUCUUUUCGUCGCCGCGUUUGGUGUGCAGAAUGAAAUCUUCGAGCGCCGGACACCGAGCCCGCCCGAAUGGAGUGUCAUCAGCCGGAUGAACUACCGGAGCGCGCGCGCCCAGGAGGACCCGGAAUUUUGGCCCUCGAACAUGACGGAUUGGGCGAGUGCUGGGAGCAUGUACAAGGGCGUGCUGGAGCGCCUGGAGGACCCUAAUAUUGACGGACAGGACAUCAAGGAGCAGGAAGAGGGUGGACUUCUGGUCCCAGGCGUAGGGAAGGCGGGCCUGGAUGUCUCUGCCAAAAGCGAAGCGUGGCGCCGCGGCUAUCACGAGGUUUUGAUGGGCUGCGCGAAGGCCGCCGAGCAUCUGGAAGGCUGGGUCAAGGAUACCACGCGCCGCAUUUGCUUCCCACCGGACGUGGUCAUUGGGCCUUCUAAUCCGAACCCCCGGCCCUGCCCGCCGUAUGCGCACGAAGCUCCCUUGGAGCAGAACUGCGUGACUGCUUUCGAGCCACCGGAAACGUUCUAUAUGAAGAUCAUAACCACCAAGGGGUUCUCGACGUCUCAGAGACUUGACGCUGCCCUUGCAUAUGCCGACUGGCUUGACUUGCACAACUUGCCUUCAAGUGCUGCCGAGAUGUACAGCUGGGCAUUUGAUAUUGCCACCGCCGCCACCCCGGACGUUUCGGACGUGAUUGAUACUACUACCGGCAUCAUCCGCGACGGUCCCGGCGCCGCUCGCGUCUCCCCAAACAUCACCCGCGCCGCUACGGCCCUCGCUACGCACUAUGCCCGCCAACAAGAGGUCAACAAAGCCCUCCCAAUAUUUCUCUCUGUCUUGCGUGCCCGCCACAACGCACCUUUGUCCCCUUCUACCGCUUCAUCUUCCAGCCAGGCCGACUCGGGAGUACUCGGCACCAUACGUUCCAUCAUCAGGCCGCCGUCCUACCCUCCACCACUCCCCACCGGCGACGAACCUCUUACGCGUACGCCCGGAACCCUCUGCGAUGACGCCGCGCUGAAAACGUACAUUGGUGAAAUUCUCUUCGCGACCAGUCCAUCUUCGCGCGACAAGGGUCUUUCCUGGACGCGGGACGCAAUUGCUGACGCAGAGUCUGGAAUUUCUCUGAACAGUAAGCUUGACGCGGCGGACAAAGAGAGGUGUGCACAAUGCUUGGAGGUGGCAUUGGGGAAUCUGGGGAAGAUGGCUGGUGUUCUCGCCCGUGAAGAGAAGGAGAAGAGAGAGACGAAGAGUUCAGGGUGGUCCUUGUGGGGUGGUGGUAAAAAGGACACGAACGGCCAAGGGGAGUGGGAAAUCGAACAUAACAACUUGCAAGAGAGGCUCCGGAAACUGAGGAUGGAGGGGUUGAGGGAGAAGUUUGCGAAGGCUGGCAAGGUUGCGGGAGGCACGUGGUUAGGAUAA